AUGGCGGGAACUAUUAUGGAUGACACAGAGGAGUUCAUUAAUAGCAUAGAAAAAAGUCCUGCGCUUUACUUAAAGAGUCUGAAAGAAUAUUCAGACAACAAUCUAAGGAAAAUGAUAUGGGAGGAAGUUUGCAUGGAAGCCGUCCAGAAAUGGCUUAACUUGAGAACCUGCUUUUCAAGAGAAUUGAAGGCUCAAAAAACAACAUCCGGACAAGCGGCAAAGAAACGUCGAAAAUAUCGAUAUUUUGAAAAGUUACUAUUUCUGAAAUAUUCAUUGGCAGAACGACCCACUGAUGGUAAUUUAGAUUCCACUGCAGCUGAAGACGAAGAUGAGACUGAAACCUCUGACAAUAUGAGCUCAAAUGUACCUAUAAGAUAA